AUGAAGGAGGAGAUGGAGAAGCUGGGUGGGCAGCUGAAGGAGACCUUCAAUCAGACGCUGGAGCGGACGAAACGGCUGGCUGCCUUCUCCAAGGUCAGGGAGGUUCUGGGUGAGCUCAGUGGCGGCAUUGAAAAGCUCGAUUUUAAGUUUGACGCCGUGGAGAAGAACCUGAAGAAGACCAACCAGCGAGCUCUGACCAUCCACAACGACUCGAUGCUCCUCGAGAACGAGGUAAAAGGGGUGAAGCUUUUCACCGCCCAGGUCAUUGAGAACAUCAACAUCAUCGAGGCGGGCUAUCAGAAUGGCACCAACGAGAAGGACAAUGAGAAGCGGAAGAAGGACGGCGAGCAGAUCGUGAAGGAGAUCGCCGAGCUGAACUUCAAGGCCUACCCGGAGUCGAUGCAGAUUGAGAUGUUCAACCAGACGCUGGAGAAGUCGCUCGCCUUCAUCCGCCCCUCCAAUCAGCUGAAGGCGGACAUUGUCGCCCUCUCCGCCAAGUUCGCCAACAUGAGCGUCCUCGUCGCGGAGAUGAAGAACCUGACGCAGCGGGCCCGCGAGGACACCAUCAACGCCGAGCGCAUCAACAAGAGCCCCCUGAAGGCGUCCAUCAGUGCGAUGAUCACCGAAAUUGACAGCAGCCUCGAGCUGACGACGAACCACUCGAAGGAGGCGCGGGCGCUGCUGGAUGAGCGCGCCGCCAUGGUCGACCAGCUGAAGGACACCAUCGACCUGACGCAGCAGCGGGAGAAGCUGGGCGGGAGCAUGGAGCGCCUGCGCGCCGCCAUGGACGCCAUGAACCGCGACCUGCCGGACACGCAGCGGGAGGUGGGGCAGGCGGUGGAGCACGCCGCCACCAGCAAGGCGCAGUCGGAGAGCCUGCGAACGCUCUUCGCCUCCACCAAGACGGUGGCCACCGAUCCGCUGCGCGCCGCCAACGCCUACAACAACAUCAGCGCCGCCGUGGGCGAGGCGGAGAAGGCCGUGGCCUGGCUGAACGACCGCAUCGUCGAGCCGGCCUCGCUUCUGGACGCCGGCCUCACCGCCGAGGUCCGCAACCUCAACUCUGAGCUGACCACCACCGAGUACCGCCUGAAGGAGCUGAGCAUCAACCUCAACGACCAGUCGACCACCAUCGGGACGAUUGGCGGCGGCGCAGACGAGCGCCUGGCCCGAUUCGCCGAGAUCAAGGCCGCCAUCGACACCAUUAAGAUUACCAACAUCGACGCCGCCCGCUUUGAGGACAUCAGUCGGCUGGUGAAGAACGUCACGGCGCUGGACAAGAACGUCACCGAGCUGGACAGCAUGAUCAGUCUGAUGCGCAGUCGACCCCGGGGUCUCAACGCCUACACCGCCUUCUCCAAUGAGGUGAACGAGGCACGGGACUACAUCCGCCGCUUCAACGACACCACCGGCGGCGAGCUGAGCGACCCGCGGCUGCUCGAGGAGCGCCAGGCGACCUUCCGCCGCCAGAAGGAGACCAUCGGCGACCAGAUCGGCGAGCUGAAGAAGCGCAUCUCCAUUGCAAAGCACCUGGCGAAUAACAUCCGCAUCGCGGCCAAGUUCAGCCGCGAUUCGGUCCUAGAGCUGAACAGCCCGCCCAACCUCCCCGAGUCCUCGACGUACACCAAAUUCUCGCUGCAGUUCAUCGCCGACGAACCGGACGGCCUGCUGGCGUACAUUGGCGAGGCAAAGUCAAAGGCGGUGGCCAAGAAAAAGAAGCGAGAAAUUGAGGAACGAGCAGCUGGAGGUGACGAUCUAGAGUACAUGUGCCUGGAGAUCCGCAGCGGCCGCGUCAUGCUCACCUGGGACCUCGGCUCCGGGCAGACGAAUGAGAUCCUCGACGACCAGUACGUCUUUGACCGGAAGUGGCACACGGUGACGGUGGAGCGCUUCGGGAAGCUGGUCAAGCUGACGGUCAAGUCGGAGGAGCGCACCACCGAGAAGAAGGACCUGACGGAGGGCUCGAAGAGCAUCUUCAACUUUCACCCCGGCCGGUCGCACAUCUACGUGGGCGGCGUCUCGCCCAGCGUUCGCAUCAGCAGCAACGUCGGCAGCGCCAGCUUCGUGGGCACCAUCAGCAAUGUCAUCUUCGACAACCAGCCGAUGGGCCUGUGGAACCUGAAGGAGGUCGCCCGGGUGGAGGGCAGUGCCGUGAACGAGGACGCCACGGAGAACAGCCUCCGCUUCAACGGCAACAGCUACGUGGUGCUGGAGAAACCGACGGCAGAGACCUUCAAAGAGAACGUCUUUGUCGUCUUCAGCUUCAAGACCUUCUCGAAGAACGGCCUGCUGAUGCUGGUCGGCGACGCCAUCGGCAAGGAGUUCCAGUCCAUUGAGCUGGACAAUGGCCAUGUGGCGCUCCGCUACGACCUGGGCAGCGCCGUGACGGCGCUGGUCUCCGACGGCACCUACAACGACGGCAAGUGGCACAUCGUCAAGGUGAGCCGCGAGGCGAAGGAGGGCAGCCUCAAUGUGGACACCGAGGACGAGAAGAUGAGCUUCGCCAUUGGCCUCGAGUCGAGUCUGACGGCGGACGAGAACGUCUACCUGGGCGGCUUCCCGGGCCCCCACCCCUACUACGAGGUGACCAAGGAGAGCUUCGACGGCUGCAUCAAGGACCUGCAGAUCGACUCGGGCACCAUCAACCUGAACAAGAACAAGGCCUCCUACGGGGUGACGGCCGGCUGCUCGGCCGACAUCGUCCGCACCGUCUCCUUCACCGACACCAUCGAACAGGCGGAGGGCGGCUCAUUUGUGCAGCACGCCAUCAAGAAGGAGACGCUGGGGCCGGAGCCGGCGCCGGGCGAGCCGGACAGCCCACUGCAGGCGGCCUUCAAGUUCCGCACCCUCUCCAACAAUGGCCUGCUGGUGAUGCUGGCCAGCGAGGCCGGGGACCUCUUCUACAGCGUCUCACUGGCCGACGGGAUGAUUGUGCUGCGGAACAGCGCCGGCGAGUGGCGGCAGACGGUGAGUCGAGUCUUCAACGACAACCAGUGGCACUACGUGACGCUGGAGCUGACCAGCGGGACGCCCGGCGCCGCCGCCGGGCAGAACGUCAUGCGCAUGGACAUUGACGACGCCCACAGCUACGUGGUGGAGUCGAAUGUCACCGUGAAGACGGCCACCCUGGCGACGCUCUACGUGGGCGGUGUACGCGCCGAGCUGCGGGACAGCUUCCGCUCGGCCUUUGGCGACUUCACCGGCUGCAUCGGCGACAUUACCAUCAACGAGGCGUACAUGAACAUGGUCGAUGCGGUGGAGAAGCGGAAUGCGCAGUUCACGCGGUGUCACCUCUCAGUGGGAGAGGGAGGUGACGGCGGGGGCAGUGGCUACUUCAGUGGCUAUCUGAGCGGCUCCAAAUUAGGAGGGGGAGGCGUGGAUGGCGACAAGACGGCCCUGAUGAGACGGCCCGCCCACCGACAGCUUCCGCCCAUUGGCGGCUGCAAACUGCCGCCCAUUCCCAGGGUCCCGGCAGCAGGUGAAGGAGGUGAUCUCUCCGGAGGGGACGUGCUGCGCGCCAAGGAGGUCCGCUUCGGCGACGGCCUCUGGAGUCGCUUCGAGUUCUCCAUCUCCCAGGACGUCUCCAAGUCGAUUGAGAAUCAGAUUGGCUUCAGCAUCGAGUUCAAGACCGUCCAGGCGAAUGGCAUCCUCUUCUACAUUACCUCGGCGAACAGCAUCGACUUCAUCGGCCUGUACUUUGUCAACGGCCGCCUGCACUACGGCUUCGACUGCGGCUCCGGGCGGGGCGUGGUGGCGCUGGAGGGCAAGGCGUACAACGACGGCCAGUGGCACAAGGUGCGCUUCUCCCGGAAGGACAACCGCGGUCGGCUGGACGUGGACGACGGCCAGGCGACGGCGGAGUUCACCUCGGCCGGCUCGACCACCUCGCUCAAUGUCCGCUCGCCGAUGUACGUCGGCGGCGUGCCCGAGGAGCUCGCCUCGCAGGUGAAGAGCCACCUGAAGAGCGCCGAGAAGACGGACUACAGCUACGCGCUGUCCAGCUUCGCCGGCUGCCUGCGCCGGCUGACGAUGCGCGAGGUGGAGUACGAGUUCAUCAACGGGCGGCCGGUCAAUGUGGCGCCCUGUUCGGACCGCGUCGAGCCGGGCAACUUCUUCCACUACGAGGGCGGCGGCCAUAUUCGCCUGGCGGAGGAGUUUCGCGUGCGGGUGGAGUUCACCAUGAAGAUCAUGGUGCGACCGCGGAAGCCGGACGGCAUUCUCGCGGUGGUCUUCGGCAAGACCGACUUCCUGGCGCUGUACCUGCAAAAGGGCAAGGUGGUCUUCACGGUGGAGAACGGAGCGGGCCCGAUCACCGCCACCUCGACGAACGUCGGCGAGGACAGCCUCUGCAACGGACAGUGGCACACCAUCGAGGUGCUGAAGAACAAGAACAUUGUCACGCUGAACGUGGACGAGGAGACGCAGCUGGGAAUGGGCCAGGCGGGCAUCAGCUCCACCGACACGAAGGACCCGCUCUUCAUCGGCGGCCUCCCCGAGAAGAUGAAGGAGGAGAAGCGGCGCCUGCUGAACGGCGUCACCGAUGACUACCUCGGCUGUCUGCGCAUCCUCGAGAUGAACGGCCAGCCGCCAAACACCAAGCUCUUCAUCAACGGACAGUUUGUGGAGUCCAAGACCACCGAGUGGAUCGACCUGCACAACCCGGCGACCAAUGAGGUGAUCACCAGGGUGCCCAAGGCGACCACUGAGGAGAUGGAGGCGGCCGUCAACGCCGCCCAGACCGCCUUCAAGACCUGGUCCAAGACCUCCAUUCUGACGCGACAGCAGACGAUGUUCAAGCUGCAGGACUUGAUCAAGAAGAACACGCCCAAACUGGUGGACAGCAUCGUCCGCGAGCAGGGCAAGACCAUUGUCGACGCCCAGGGCGACGUCUUCCGCGGCCUGCAGGUGGUGGAGCACUCCUGCAGCGUCACCUCGCUGAUGAUGGGCGAGACGAUGCCCGCCAUCAGCCAGGACAUGGACAGCUACUCGUACCGCCUGCCGCUGGGCGUCGUCGCCGGCGUCCUGCCCUUCAACUUUCCCAUGAUGGUCCCCUGCUGGGUCUUUCCCCUAGCCCUUGUCACCGGGAACACCGUCGUGCUGAAACCAUCGGAGCGGGUGCCCGGCGCCUGCAUGGACCUCAUGGCGAUGCUCGAGGAGGCGGGCGUCCCACCGGGCGUCGUCAACGUCAUUCACGGCCAGCACAAGGCGGUGGACUUUGUCUGCGACCACCCGGCCAUCAAAGCUAUCUCCUUCGUCGGCUCCGACCAGGCGGGCAGGUACAUCUACGAGCGCGGCUCGAAGAACGGCAAACGGGUGCAGUCGAACAUGGGCGCGAAGAACCACGGCGUGGUGAUGGCUGAUGCCAAUAAGGAGCACACGCUGAACCAGAUUGUCGGCGCCGCUUUUGGCGCCGCCGGCCAGCGGUGCAUGGCCCUCAGCACAAUGGUCUUUGUGGGCGAGGCCAAUGCCUGGAUUCCCGAGCUGGUGGAGCGGGCAAAGAAACUGAAUGUCAACUGCGGCGCAGUGCCCAAGGCCGAUCUGGGGCCGGUCAUCUCGCCGGAGGCGAAGAACCGCAUCCACUCGCUCAUUCAGAGCGCCGCCGACGAGGGGGCGAAGAUUCUGCUUGACGGGCGGAACAUCACCGUGCCCGGCUACGAGAAGGGCAACUUUGUGGGGCCGACG